AAGCCGGAACCCGAUUAUAGUACGCGCAUCAACCAAGCGGUCCGUUUUUGUCGAGUUCAUUUUGCAGAAAAUUGUGUGUGAAUUAUAAAAUAACGUUGUCGGAAGGAUGGAAGGCCAAUACACGGAGGUUUUGCGCAACAUGAAACUAUGCCGUUUCUGUUUAACGGACGAGGGCGAACUGAUUAACAUUUACGAGAGACCGAACAAAGACAACAAGCUCUCUGUACCGCUGCCGUUGCAGAUUAUGGCGUGCACGGCGAUCGAGGUGUUUUCCGGAGAUGGAAUGCCACAACUUUUGUGCACAAGUUGCAGGAAUCUCACCCAACUGGCGUAUAAUUUUAAAACAAACGCCAAAAAGGCGGACGACUGUCUCAAAUUAUUUCUGGCCACCGGACAGUUGAACAAGCCACAGUUAAAGCCAGUUCAACCACCUGGCGAGAGUGAGCUUCCGUCUCCUGACAAAAACUUGGGCAAGUUCCUCAAAUUAGCCAAUGAUUCAGGGCAGCCGAAAAAGGUUAUCAAAAGUGAAAUCAUCACAUUAAGCUUCGACAACAACUCAGGAGAACAGGUGUCCCAAUCAAUUGAAAUACAAGGAGAACACGAUGCAGAAAUUGAUUCCAUGGAAGUCGACAUGCAGGAAGAUUCUCAGGAAUCAUUCCAUGUACAAAAAGAGUCGCAGAUGCAGGUCCGUUCAAAUAUAUACUCGUGCACCGAAUGCGACCGUUCGUUCCCGCUGAAACAAUUACUGGACCUCCACAUGAUCAACCACAACAGGGAGCGUCACUUCAAGUGCGACCAGUGCGACAAAAAGUUCUUCAACAAGUUUGACCUGAAGAAGCACCAGACCACGCACAACGACGACCGACCCUACACCUGCGUGGUGUGUGAAAAGACCUUCAACAGAGAAACGCAGCUGCGCCGCCACGAGAAAGUACACUACGACGCCCCCAAGUUCAACUGCACCGAAUGCCAACGGGUGUUCUUGACCAAACACCACUUCGACGUGCACAUGGAGAAGCACCGGAAAAAGCGGCCGUUCGAGUGCAAGAAGUGCAACAAGAGCUUCGUCUUCAAACAGGGCCUGGAACGGCACGAGGCCGUGCACGACGAGAACAAGCCGCACAAGUGCAACUACUGCGAGUCCAGCUUCUCCACCGCCAUCAAGCUGACCCGGCACAUAACCACGCACGCCGGCCUGCGACCCUACCCGUGCAAGUUGUGCGGAAGGACGUUCCUGCUGAGCCACCACCUGACGAGGCACAUGCGCAGUCACUACGUGUCCACGCCGGAGAAGUCGAUCGGCGAGCACAAGUGCGACAUCUGCAGCAUGUCGUUCAGGAGGAAGGACUUCCUCAUCAACCACAGCGCCAUCCACUCCAUGGUCAACUUGCGCUGCGUCAUCUGCAACACCAGCUUCGAAACCGCCGACCUGGUUAAGGCCCACAUAUCCACCCACCUUUCCGACCUGCCGUUCCCGUGCGAGAAGUGCGAUUACUCGUUCAACACGCAGGAACAGUUGGAGGAGCACGAGCUGAAGCACGCGGAGAUGGAGUACGAGGUGCAAAUUGAACAGGAGGUUUUGGCCGAAGCCAAACAAGGGGAGGGUGAAGAUUCGGCUGAUCUUGGAGACGGGUCGGAUUAUGAGCAUGCAGACGUCGAAGAGUUUACCCUGACAAACGACUUAGAUGACCCACAAAUUAUAAGGAGGAACAAGCCUGCUUUCGUAGAAUUUUUGAAGGAUGAAGCUGACUCUGACCACGAACGUACCGAUGCUAAUUUCAUUGAGGAAGAUGAGGACCAGGAAGAAAUAGAAGAAAUCAAACCCAUUGUAAGGACGGAAGGUACGAAAGUGUACACCAGAAAGACCAACGUACAAAGGAAGAUCCCCCCAACUAUAAACCCUGAACAAGUCGGAGUAGCUCCCCUGGAACAGAUCACCCAACCGGAGUUGCUUGAUAAUUUGAAUGUUUCACAACAUCCUGUCACCACCACCCCAACAACAACAACAACAACACCACCAGAAACUACCAGCAACGUAAAGGCAGGUAUGAAAGUACAAAAGUUCAUACUAACGAAAAACGAAAUGAAGGAGAUGGCGAAGAAAGGCCUGCUAGAAAUGAAAGACGGCAAAAUUAUACUGAAAACCCGCAGCCAAUCGUUCGUAAAUGCCACACUUAAGCAAAUCACCCCCAACGAUUUGGAGGCGAUGAUCGAGAAAAAUCAAAAUCCCAAGACCUAUCAGAAUAAAAUGGCAGAGGCUAAACGCAUUGAAAAUUCGAUGGUUAGUUUUAACGUUGAUCUCAACUUUGGCGAGUCUGCUUCCACUGAAUAAUAUAAUUUUAAGUACUACAUUUUUAUUAUAUGAACCUAUAAUGAACUUGCUAGAAUUAGUAUUUAAAUAAGAUUGCUGAUUGUUUUAGUAUACCUUUAAAGAUUAUAAUAGUAAUUAAUAUUUUAUUAUUAAGGAAAUAUAGUUUUUACGUAUCACUCAA